CCAGCUUCUCCACCUCUUGAAACAUGUGCUUCUUCGAUCAACACCGGUUCGUCUGCGGCGACUGGAAGUGGGGACACUUUCGGCAGCACUGCAACCGGGAGUAUCGGAUUGGUGAAACAUGUGGCAUGAAGCUCAUCAUGCAAACGGUGCCUGUCGGCCAGAAGUGCAAACUGUGCGAGAAGAUCGACACCAAGAUGCGGCGUCGGGCCGCCGAAGUUGAGCGCGUCAAUCGCUGGCAGCGCGAGGGGCAAAAGUUCCGAGCCUCAAUUGACAAGUCGAUGGAGAUCAUUCGAGGUUUGGAUGGAGAGAUCUAUGAGCUCAGCUGCGAACGCAACCGGAGGCUCCAGGGAAUUGGCAGCCACUGAGGAAACUGCGGCAUAGCACGGGCGUCUGGGAACUGGUUUCAUGUACAACGGUUUGGGGUCUGAACGGGAUGAAGUCCACUCGUUCGUGGAGUUUGGAAACGGGCUGACACGGAAAAGACUGAUAUUGAGAUGGGAGUGACGGAUAAGGAGCUGGCCGGGCGUUACCUCUUACAGUCGCUUGUCUUUCUAUACCUUAUUUUUCGGCUUUUAAUGAUGUAACGAUUUUCUGCACUUACGAUGAUUGGCCGUGUUCUGGAGUUGGUGAUGUAGCCGCUGUGCCAUGAAAUGGGGGCUGAGGCCGUCCAAUCCGUGAGGGUCGCGUAGCCGCAAUUAGAAGUGGGGAGGUGAUAGCGCACGGCCCCUCAGGAGCGACGCGGCGCCUCAUCCGCUGUCAUCGUGGCCGGGGCAGCGUUCGAGGCCGCCGCGGCAAAGAUAUAUGAUGGGCGCAGCGAUGGAGGCAGCGCGCCAGGAGAUGGGCGGGGAGUUGUUGA